AUGCUACGUUUGAGCUGGGCCCCAGCGCUGUGCGUGGCGGCCCUGCAGUUCUGGAGCUUGGCCUUGGCUCGAAAAGCGCCCAACAUGAUUUGGAUCAUGGCCGAUGAUCUGGGCUGGGGCGAGGUUGGCCUGUAUCCUGCGGAGUCUCCGCACGGACGCAUCGCCACGCCCAACCUGGACCAGCGGCCUGAAGAUGAGCUGAGUGGGUCACUGUGGGAUGUGGGUUUUGUCAGGAAAGUCUCAGGAAGCUCUCUCAAAUACGAAUAUCAAUCCGUUUCCCAAGUGUUAGAAGUCUACAGGAUCCCUAAGACUUCGAUCUUGCAAGGACGCACAUCAUCCCAAGUCAUCCCUAAUCCCGAAAUCCGACAUGUCAGUCCACAUGUCCACGUUGUCGAGUCAGAUCUUCCACUACCUCCUGGUGACCCCCCCGGGGUUCACAACCUACCAAGGUUCGGACGGGAAGGCGUGCGCUUCCAGCAGGCCUAUGCGGGCUACACCGUCUGCGCGCCGAGCCGCACCACGUUCUUCACCGGGCGCCACAGCGGGCACUUCCGCGCGCUGCAGCUGAAUGGUGAGGAGUUGAAGCCUGAGCAGAACUUCACUCUUUUGCCACAGCUCUUCCAACGCGCGGGCUUCCGCACGGGGGCCUUUGGGAAGCUGGCGCCACUCGUGUCGCCGCUGAGACAAGGCUUCGACGUUUUCGUGGGGCAAGUGGAUCAGGCGCUUUGCCACAACAUGUACCCCAAGGAGAUUGACACUGGAGAUGGAACACUGAAUUUCAAGCUCUCCGGGAACAUUCAUUCCCCCAGCCCGACCAGGGAGCGUUGUAUGCAGAGUCCUGACUCUUACAAUUACACCAUCGAUGUCUUUCACAAGGAAGCGAUGUCUUGGAUGCGGCAAGUGGCCCAGACCUCGCAACCCUUCUUCUUGUACUUGAGUUACACUGUGCCACAUGCUGGUGGCUGGGGUGACGCGCCUGCCUCGCCAGAACAAGGAAAUCCGGUGCCCACAGACAUGGGCUACGGACAUCAGCCGUGGCCGGAGGUUGAGAAAGAUCACGCAGCAGUCAUUAGCUAUCUGGAUGACAAGGUGGGCGAUGUCAUGAAGCAGCUGAAAGCAUUAAAGAUUGAUGAGAAGACCAUGGUCUUCUUUGCCUCAGACAAUGGUGCACAUUUGGAGGGAGGUCAUCAAAUCGCCUUCUUCAACUCUACUGGAGGUCUGUCAGGGCACAAGAGGAGCAUGUACGAGGGCGGUGUCCGCUCUCCAACCAUGGUCCGCUGGCCGCAGCAGAUCCGUCCGCGAACCUCGCAGUUUGCGUGGGCCUUCUGGGACAUGGUGCCGACCGUUGCUGAGCUGCUGGGUGUCACUGCGCCCGAGAACGAUGGCAUCAGCAUACUGCCAGAGCUCUACGGACAAGAGCAACAGGAGCAUGACUAUUUGUUCUUCACCUGGAUCGGCGAGGGAAGGUCUGGCGGUCUGGGUCCCGCGAACGGCGACGGUGCCCGAAACGGGCCUGGUUACACGGUGCGAAAGGGCGUCUGGAAAGGCUUGGUGCCCCACUGCCACGACACGAAGAACUGGAGGCCCAGCUGGGCUGAUGAGAUGAAGCUCUUUGAUUUGGAGAGCGAUCCGACUGAGCAGAGGGACUGGGCCAAAGCAAGGCCUGAGCUGGUGGAUGAGCUGAAGCGCCUCGUGAUGGCUGAGGGCUUGAGCUGUAUGUGCUAUCAGUGUGGCUUCUCUGAUGACGUCAUGUCAAGUGUGAUCAUCUAG